UUAGCGAGCCAGUCAACACCCCAAAACACCUCCUAACCAAUGGAAGCGAGUCGCUGGGGAUUCACGUGGAAGGGGUGCCCUUAAAAACCUAGCCACAGAGUUGUGCACAAGUUCAUUUGUUAGGCUUUAUCUGACUUUCCGUUCCCCAAUGUGUGUAUUUAACCUGCAUUACCUCAAUAGCGCUUCUGUCUUCUUACAGCAUUUUUUCAGCACUCUGCCGUCUAGCGCAUUUGCGUUGCAUCACCUGCGCCGGCACAGAAUGUACUUGCCUUUUCGGUCCCGAUUCGACUCUUCUCUCCACAGUGAAAUACCUUUGAACUGAUGAAAACUUCAGCUGCUCGAUAGGCGCGAGGCUCGAGUUGACUCCGCUUUGCUUCUGUCCGUGGUGCUGAAAUGCGCGCAGCCUCUAAGUAGGCUACCUUGCGGUUUUACAUUAAAACUGUUACUUCAGAACUGCUUUGCUUUUAGCUACUAUCGAUGCUUCUCGUGUCCUCGUGAAAUGCCAGUACUAAAUAAUAAUAGCCUAAUAAUAACAAUAAUUAAUUGAAUUUACCAGCUGACAGUUUAUCUAGGCUGUAUCGAUUUUGUGAGGAGUGAGGAGCCAAAGAAGAAGAAAAAACUUUUUUUUUUUUUUUUUUUUUUUUUUGGAGACAGGGUCUGUGUGUAGCCCACUUCAUACAGAACCUCCUCAAGCAUAAUCCUUUUCCUUUUUUCAACUAAAAAAAUCCUCCAGGAAGAGGACUUUUUUUUCAGACUGUGGAUGAAUAUUUCUCAUUUCCGAUUCUGCUUUGGAUUUUCCUUCUGGAUAGAUCGCUAUUAAAAUCGAGCGCCAUUCACGCAGAACUUGAUUGAAUACAGAUGAUAAUCUGAACAGAGGCUUCGCGCAAGCAGCAGUGUGGAGAUGGAAGCGUCCACCAACGGCUCCAGUUUUGGAAUCGACUCCUUGCUCUCCCACAGGCCUGGAAGCCCAGUCAUCGCGAAGGGGGACAGUUUGGUUGGAGAAUGCAGGUCCCCGCUGGAGUUCAGCCCCAGGUCAGACUUAGAGAGCGGUUGUUCUUCCCCUCCAUCCCCGCGACAGGAGUGCGGUGAGGAUCCUGCGCAUAGACAGGGUCACCAGCUCGCGCUCGUGUCCCAUUUGCAGCACGGGCCGAUCUCCGCCGGAUCGCAACCUCGGACUGUCACUUCAUCCUUCUUAAUAAGAGAUAUUCUGUCUGACUGUAAACCCUUGGCGGCGUGUGCUCCAUAUUCCAGUAACGGCCAGCCGACUCAGGAGACAGGGAGACUGGCAUCAAAAAUCGCAGACGACUUCAUUGAAAAGAUCCACAGUAACUCAUCGUCAGACAGUGAAUACAAAGUGAAAGAGGAGGGCGACAGAGAAAUCUCGAGCAGCAGAGACAGCCCGCAGGCUCGCCUGAAGAAGCCACGGAAAGCGCGGACCGCCUUCACUGACCAUCAGCUCGCCCAGCUGGAGCGCAGUUUUGAGCGUCAGAAGUACCUGAGUGUGCAGGACAGGAUGGAGCUGGCAGCAUCUCUCAACCUGACCGACACGCAGGUCAAAACCUGGUACCAGAACAGGAGGACGAAGUGGAAGAGACAAACGGCGGUCGGACUGGAAUUGUUAGCGGAGGCUGGAAAUUAUUCUGCGCUGCAAAGGAUGUUCCCUUCUCCGUAUUUCUACCCUCAAAGCCUGAUGUCGAAUCUGGACCCUGGAGCAGCGCUCUACUUAUACAGGGGACCUUCGGCACCCCCGCCGGCGCUGCAGCGUCCUCUCGUUCCCCGGAUUCUUCUGCACGGUCUCCAGGGCGCCAACGAGCCGCCGCCGCCUCUGCCCCCCCUCUCCGGUGUGUUAUCCAGACCGACACCACCGCGAUGAACGGCAUGACUCGGACUUGUUACAAUACAUGGCAGCUUUGAACUCCACCAUCAAAAAACAAAGAAAGAAAAAAACUAAUUUACUGGUGACAAUAUAUUCGAGUAAUUUUACGAAGCCACAAAAACAAACUGACACACACACACACAAAAAAAAACAUAUUUAAGCUUUAUUUAAUUAUUUAUUUUACUUAUGUUUAUUUUUUAACUUAUGUUUAUAUUUUUGUUUACCCUAAAUGUUAAUUCUGAAAAAAACAAAAAACAAAUACAGACCGUUUACUGAAAGCAAUAAGAACGGGAUAUGAUACUGCAGGGACGCUUCGUUUUUAUAAAUUAUUAUUAUUAUUAUUAUUAUUAUUAUUAUUUUAACUUGUCAGUAUUACAUAUGUUAAUUGUUGGUGCAUCCCUGACGCAAAUAAUAUUUAAAUACUAGAUUCUUAUUUAAUUCUCCUGAGAUCAAAUCGAGGUCAUAAAUCGUGGGCUUUGUAUGGACCCUCUAAAAUGUACAAAGCAAAAGAGGUGUAAAUAAGAAUAUUUUGUUUUAUGUUGAAAGACAAUUCUCUAAUUUUCUCUUUUUGUAUCAUAUGUCCAAGCCUUACGUUAACAGGUGAGAUUGACUUGAGCGGCACAUGUAAACCCGACAAACAGCUGAAUGGUGCGGAGUGCAAUGCCUAGACAGAACAAGCAGGUGGAUUGGACAAAAUGGAUUAUUAAUCGAUUAUCAAUCGAUUCUUUUUGUGCUGCUUUUGAAUCCUGCGCAACUGCCAGUAUCACUUUGAUGUUGUUGGGAAAACGCCAAGUCCUCGUUUUGUACUCAAUGAGACGUCACGAAGAUCGAUGACAUGCAAAGUGUUGUUCGCCCAGGCAUUGUGCAACAACUCUGUAUAAAGCCGUUGAAAUAUCUUGUCAAUCUUUCUGGUGAAGCUGUAUAUUGAGAAUAAUGAUUUGUGAAGUAAUGAUUCUCGUAAUUCCAAAUGAUUUUCGUUCGUGCCCCCGUGAGUUUAGCAGUGUGAACUUCUUAAAAACUCUUAAAACUGCUGGAUGUGCUGGGGAGGGUUGUCUUUAAGCAAGGAGAAUUACUUUUAUAAAUGUGCUAAUAAAGAUCUUUCAUUAAUUUA